AUGUUCAUUCUUAGCACAAUCGAAGACCUAAUCCAACUGGCCCCGCACGACUUCAACAAGCCCUCCCCUCAAUCCAUCAAAGACGCCAUAAACACCAAAUACAGCAACAAAAUCAUCCCGCAGGUCGGCCUCUGCAUCGCACUCUGGGACAUCCUCACCGCAACCGAGGGCCUGAUCGGCCACGGCACGGGGCUCGUGAACAUCAACAUCGCCUUCCGGCUGGCCGUCUUCCGCCCGUUCCGCGGCGAAAUCAUCGCGGGGAGGAUCAAGUCCAGCUCGCCCGAGGGCAUCACCAUCGACCUCGAUUUCACGAGCGAGGUGUUUGUGCCGCGGCAGAAUCUGUUCGAGGACACGCGCUUCGAGAAGAGCGAGAACGUGUGGGUGUGGAACUCGGAGGGCACCGAGCUGUUUCUGGACAAGGGCGAGCCGGUGCUGUUUCGCGUCGAGCAGGAGGAGUGGGUCGAUCAGCGGCCGACGAUUGAGCAGCGGAAUGAGGCGGGCGAGGUGGUGGAUGAGCGCGGCACGGCGUGGAGGGUUAUUGGCUCGAUGAAUCAAGCGGGGCUGGGGCCGACGCUGUGGUGGGGUGAGCAGGAGGGCGAGGAGGAAGAGGAGGAAGGCGAUGUCGAGAUGGAUGGCGCCGAGGAGUAG